UUUUUCUUCAAACUUAUAACUUGGCAUCUCCAUUUAAAAGAUACAUCCACAUCUCCCCUCCCCAGCAUUAUUCUGACCAAAAUUUCAGAUCCAGAAAGUAAGGCUACUAGAAAGGACAUUGUCUUUGGCUUUAAUAAAUCUGCCAUUUCUAAUGAGACUUGUUGGGAAAAAAUAAAUAUUAAAGGACUCUGCACUAUUUCAUCUGUCCUACAGUAGAAAACACUAAGGAUUUUUUUAGCCUCCUUUCAGCACGCCAUGUAAUUCAUCAUAUAUGUAAAAGAUAAAGUCCAAAUCACGUAUUCGUUUAAUUUCUCCCAGUGUAUUUGGGGAAAACUAAUUGCCUGAGAAAAGGUAGUUUUUACAGAUGAAAAAUAACAUUAUUGGGAAAUGAUGUGGCGUAGUUAAGAUGCCUUUUGAAAUUAUUUUAAACAAAUAACAGUUUCUUUGAAUUUCAUAGGAGCAGAGAUUAUCAGAUGUCAACCCCUCCUGGACGGUUUUAAUGAUGCAUUCAUGGAUCUCAAGUCCUGUAAAGCUUUGCUUGACGUUAAAAUAUGGACUUCUAAGGGCAGUUGGUUGCUGGUUACCAUUCGACUAAUAAUGACACAUAGUUUUUUGAAAGGCAGAACUGGAAAAGUGUAGGAUGAGAUGCAUCUGAGGUUGAGGCGGGGAAAUAAGCAAAAAUACAUGUGUUACAGUUCAAAAUUUGGGUAGCAGAACAACUGAUUUAUAAUGCAGUCAAAGGACCUGUUCUUAACUUCACUGAAAUGAUCAGUGUUUGACCCAGAUCGAGAUGUAGUAAAAAUUUGUAUUAACUCCUGGCUUGUAAGUGCAAUGGAGUCCUUCCUUUAUAUUGUAACAAUAACCAGCUAUUUUAAAAGAUUUCACCAAGGUGAAUGUCUGAACUUGCUGUUAGUAAAUGAUUGCCCACUUUUCUCUAAUUUGAGGAAGAGAAGGAGUUAGCCAGCCCAGGGAGGGGGUGCCUUAGGGAGAGGAAAGAAUCUGUGAAUGCAGUAUUUUUAAUCUUUUGAUGUUGUUGAGAAUUUUGCUGAACAGGUCAGGAAAAUCAGUUAUGGUUCCCAUGGGAACCAUAACUAAUUCUGCUUCAUUAUGUAUUUGCAUGCAAAACCUAAAUGUAUUAAGGGAUAGCGUAGCUCUGGAACUGUAAUUCCGAUUUUGUUACCUCUCGUAUGUUAAAACCCGUCACCACAGUGUCACAUCAGUGUUUUAAUCUUACCCCUCAAAGAAAGAGUGAUUAUCCACAGAUCUGCAUCUGUCAUAUGUGACUUCUGAAUGCAGAAAGGGAAACGAGCCAUAGUGAGCAUUCAGUGGUCAAAUGCCGAAGUUACAGCUUACAACGUGCAGAGAAGGCAGCUUCAGAGGUCUAGUGGACAUUUAGUACCCCUUAACUUCAGUCAGGUACCACAUUCACAUGGUUGAGAUUUUCAUUGGCUUGUGUAAUCUCAGUAUGUACAGGUUUUUAACAAAUGUUCAGUGUUUCUGCAGGCUCUGCAAUCAAGUAUUAUUUUAAUAGGCUGGAAAGGCUCAAGAGUUUGGAAAGCAGUGCUGAUGCACACAAGACCUAAUUAAAUCUCUAAUAUUUCAAACAAAAAGCAACAUAUUCUCGAUUUUUCUUACUGCACUUCAAGAAAAAAAUACAGACCCCCAUGACAUUAAUUUUCUUGUGUGGAAGAUUAUAUAGAUACUUAAGUCUUAGAAAGUAAAAAGAAGUUGUUGCUUUGAUACAGAAAUCCAAAACAUUUAUCUUUAAGUGACAAGAAUUAGUGAAGCCGAAAAGAGUACCAGAAAACAAUCUUCCACUGAAUCAAAGAAUUUUAGACCAACGGAGAACACAGAUGGAGAUGUUCCCCACUUGUAGCCUGCUUGCCUCAUCACCACACAAAAUGGGAAAGAAACAGAAUGGAAAAGGCAAAAAAGUUGAAGAGGCAGAGCCUGAAGAAUUUGUUGUGGAGAAAGUCCUGGACAGACGUGUUGUAAAUGGAAAGGUGGAAUACUACUUGAAGUGGAAAGGAUUUACGGAUGCUGACAACACAUGGGAACCUGAAGAAAACUUAGACUGUCCAGAGCUAAUCGAAGCUUUUCUGAACUCUCAGAAAGCUGGUAAAGAAAAAACAGAUGGCGCCAAAAGAAAGUCUUUGUCAGAUAGUGAAUCUGAUGAUAGUAAAUCAAAGAAAAAGCGUGAUUCUGUUGAUAAACCAAGAGGGUUUGCAAGGGGUCUUGAUCCUGAGCGGAUAAUUGGGGCUACGGAUAGCAGUGGAGAGCUUAUGUUCCUCAUGAAAUGGAAGGACUCUGAUGAGGCAGAUCUCGUGCUGGCCAAAGAAGCUAACGUGAAGUGUCCUCAGAUCGUAAUCGCUUUUUAUGAAGAGCGACUAACUUGGCAUUCGUGCCCAGAAGAUGAAGCACAAUAAUUGUUUGCAUUGCUUUUUUAUAUAUAUGAAUAUUAAAACCUGAAAUUUGAUUUAUUAGCAAUGUGAGAAGCAUACAUUCUAACAAGAAGUCAAAUUUGAUAUUUUUUUGAAGUAGUAUGUUUUGCAUCAACAGCAAGUAAAGGAAAGCUUUCCGCAACUUGUUUCAUUUAUCACAAGAGAGCAUUUGAUACUACUUCCUCCAUAGUAGGUAAAAGCUUUUCUAAAACAUUCAUAAACUUCCAUAGUUAUUACAGAAUCAUACUGAAUGUCUAAACAAACUCACAGAUGUUUUGUAGUCUUCUAUACUCUUGAUGUGCAUGUAUCUUCUUUCCCCAAACCUAGCUCUUUCAAGCUGUAGAAUCAUUCUUUUUAGUAUUUGGGAUCACUUGGUCACAAGAAGACCGGGUGAAAACUAACUUUGUAGUAAUUUGAAUGUUAUCAGACUGUAUAUUGUUUACUUUAUUGUAAAUACUGGUGAACAGUGGUCAAUAAAAUAGUUUUAUAUUCUUCCUUUAUA